GCCAAUGGUCUCGUGGGAACGCUCUACUCCACAAUCCAGAAGGCUCUGCACGAACAGCGUGGCGGUGCUGUUGUGCGUGGAGCGUUCGGCGCUGUCUCUGCUGCUUCUCCUGUAGGACAACCCCUGGGACCAUCAUCGAAAAAAUCGUAUGCUGGAUCACCACAAGAGGAUCGACGCGCUGUUCCGGGCCAGAGCAAUGGGGCUGUUUCGCUCGUUUCUUCCAGCGGUGCGAUUGGUGGGGCGAUAUCGUCGCUCACUGGUACCGGACAGGGAGCGCUGGGUCGAUCGGAACAGCUCUUCACUGCGAAGCCCGGCGACCACCCAGGGGCCACCAGCUUGCUUACGCAACUGAAGAAGGAUUACGAGGAUGCAGUGGAGCGGGAUAUGAUCGAACACGAAGACGACCGCCGUUUGCUACCAACGCGGCCCGUUACGGGUGAUGUAGAUUUCAUGCGAGCAGUCGUAGAGCGCGCCGAAGAUGUGUCACUUCCACCACCGAUCUUAGCGCUGCAUCUGAAGAGGGGGAAAGCUUUCUUAGACCAUUUGAAUUUAUGAGCAAUUAUACAUAGGAAUACGAAUAAGAAUAUGCUGUAGUUGUUUUCCUUUUCUUGCACUUUUCUUUUCGUUUUCGACAUGGUGCCGUCCUCUAGUGUUGAUCCCUCGACUGACUUCUCCUCGGCAUCUCCUCAUUUUGCUACAAAUCGUAGUAUAAGUUCUUGUGAAGUUUUUUUAGGCUUCACAUUUGAUUAUCAGACCAAGAAUUGCCCAGAUGAUCCAUUUUUCGUAUAUUCUGGCGUGCCUCUUGUUUUUGAUUGGCGAUUCAUUUUUUCUAUUCACGGUUAAUAAAUCCAGAGGAUUUGGUUUUUAAUCGCCGAGUUAUGUUUCCUAUUCAGCGUUAAUAAAUCCGGAAGAGUAUGCAGAUUGCCAACUUUGCGUGCAUUUCAGUUUCGGAUCCCACGACAGGAAAACAGCGCAGCCGAUUUUUAUCUUCGGAGUGGACUGUGAAUGGAGCCAGGUCUUGCAAUGGGAGGUUUCGCGUGAUGAAGUCCUCGAGCGACAGAACUUAGAGGCAUUUCAUGUCACCUUCUUCCGAUUAUGGGCCGACCAGCGAGUGGAUAUCAUCUGCAGUCAGGAACUUCGAUUGCGUGAGGGGAACUUUGUCUACGAGUUGAAUGGCACAGAAAAGAAGCACAAGCUUAUUCAAGGCCUGGUCGAACUAGAGGCGCAAUUUCUUGGUGCACCGUGGCCUCUGAGACCGAAAAUCAACGUACUUACUUUUUUAAGAUAAACUACUCUGGCUGUGGAAACUCUUUCAGUCCUCCUCGCCUCGUUACUUUCCUCGUUGACAGGAGCAUGGGCAUGUUGAAACCCGCUAAAAGAACUAAGUGACUACAGAGAAAUACAAAUACUUGUUGUAUCUCGAUGAAGAAGUCUUAAAUUGUUUCAAUCAUCAACAUCUGCACCAGCCCGACGGGAGCUGUGAGGACUGGUGCUCCCAGCGGCUUCGCAACGACCGUUUGAGAAAAGCGUUUGACGAUUUGGAUGCUUUCGCGGAAAACGUUCAUCGCCACUUCAAGAAGCGGAUAGACUUUUACGCCGAAAAUGAAAACGGUGAGACCUAUCCUCUGUGCCAUUUCGUGCGACCACUUGCCGGUGGCCGUUGCCUCGACACGCCGUUGCAUGCUUUACGCUUCGUGGGGCUCUUUCCAAGCAAACGCGACGUGCUGUUCGAAAAGCGCAAUUGUAUCUGCUACCACUCCGCCGAACACAUCUUCACCCUCAACGAAGCGAGCGCGGUCGAAAAGUGCUUACUGCUUUGCGGCCUGUUCAAACACACGUGGAACAUGGAAGCUUAUGUGUGUCUCGGAACACGCGCAUCACUCUUCGCGGCUGCUGCGGGUAACGCACCUUCAUGCAUAAAUCUUCUUUCCAAAAGACUUGAAAUCGGCAUCAUCCUCAUCGUCCCUUCUUCGCCGUCGAGGAUACUUACACAGCUUGGUGAGUAUUUUUGCGACACAAAUAGAAGAUUAGUAAAGAACCUGCACCGCAUCAAAUAACACCACACCAGGUUCCAUGCGUGCUGGCAGCAAGCUCUCUACUCUAGCCGGUGAGACCGAGCAGUUCUGCUUUGUCUUGACUCGAGGCGUAGAGGAAGCCACGAUAUGGGACCCGCUUCGGUCGGAGCGCUACUUUGCUAGUGAUCCUGCUUCUAGGAUUCUCUCUGUCGACGUCGCCUUCAACGAUGAGUUCAUCUACGUCAACCCAAACGAAGCCUAUCCGGGAGCAGGCGAGUACACGUCAACAGCACACCACCUUUCUUCCAGUGGCGCUUCGCCAGAUGACGAUAUAAUCGAUGGCAUUGGCAGUAAAGCUGGCCCAGAAGAUCCUCUUCAUGAGGAGCAGCAGGGAAUAGCUACGGAAUGGGGAAGCAAACCGUCACAGCUACGCAAGCCUAGUAAUGCAGCAGCCAAAAGCGGUUCUGCGCCGGCAGCAGGCGGCGGUGGCAGUGCUACGACCCAGAAGGUGACGAAAGGUGCAGCUCCAGCAAUAAAGCGGAAACAACUUCUUGGCUACUUCAACAUCCGUGCCUGCUGGGUCGAGUUUCGAAAUCCUCUACCACAAAAACCGCCUCUAGAAGUCAAGUUUGGAGAUAGAUAUCUAUCGUCGUGGAACGUGGUGAACACUAGAUUCAGUGGAGGAGGUCGAACUAGCGGCGGCGGGAAAAAGAAAACAGCGAAUAGUACGAAGAAGAAGACAACCACCACUGGCACUGCGGAAGAGGCCGCCUGCGGCUCCAGUGCCACUUCGCCACCGUCCACAGCCCCGCAGAGCAGCGACGAGGACGAAGACGGCCUUGGCGCACCGAUACAGCCAGCACCACACCCUUUUUUGAAAAAGGGAAGUUCAAAGAACAAUAAGGAGCAAAAAAGUGUUAGCUCGUCUGCUUGGUUGAACAGCAACCGAAGCCGUCACGACAGAAGUUCUUCAUCGUCAGCGGACAACGUCAUGUCACGCGCGCAGUUGCUUUCGACCCAGCUGGAAGUUCCAGCACCACUGCAGCGUAGCACCCUCGGCAGCGGCAACGUGCGCAAUCAACAAGGGUACAUAGAAGAGCGCAUCGAGUCCGUCCUCCGUUUGCAGAUUGAACGGGCGUGCGGCGGUCCGGUUCCGUGGGACCGCGCGGUUGAAGCCCUCUUAGGCCUAGCACUGACCAACAGCGAGCAAGAGCGUGUCCAGUUGCAGAGCAGCGCUGCGCUCACUGUGUUUGACGAGAUGGCACAAGUGCAAUUCUGCGGCUCUGACGGAAAGGAAGAGAUGCUAGCGUUUCCGAUUCAGUUUAACAACUUGAGCUACGAAAAGUUCUGGCCGAUUAUGGUGGAAAACAGCACAGUGCAGAACAUGGUUGUAACCUACCGUAAUUUCAGCUACGACAGCCAGCGACCAGACCAUUUACCACCACGCAAUACUAAACAUAAGGCAAGAGGAGCAAAGCCAAUAAUGGGAGAAGACGCAUCCGUGUCCUCAACUCCUUCUAGAGUUCAAUUUGCACUUCGUUGUAAACUUUUCCUGUAUCCUGAGAAUGUCGUGGCCUGUUGGAUCAUGCUAGCACAAAAGGUAAGAAACUAGCCGUCAUGGACAACAUUGCCACCGGGUAAACUCAGUACUCCAACUUUCCUUUUUUUUAAGUAUUUCCAAAGCCAAAUAAGCUACUGCUACAUUAUAACUAUUGCAGAUCCCGAAGAUGAAACAGAAGGUCUCCAUAAUAUCGCUCUGGGUUCCUAUUGCUUUUAUGCUAGACUAGCGUCUCCGUUUCGCUUGUGUUCAACAUGCCUUUCACUGCAGUGUGCGUCAGCCGUGGAGGUUACGUAGUACCUAUGCUGCCC